AUGCUAGUGACCGGAGACGUAAACACGCUGCUUCAGUUCCUACCUACUGCUCUCAUGCGGGCUUUCAACACGCACCCUCGGGUAUUCGGUCCAGGAGUUCCCAUUGCGUCCUUCCUUCUACGAUAUGUGGCUAUCCAAGAAGCCGCUGUCGAAGCUGUUAUGAAGGGUGUUAUUUCGCUGCUUGGGAAGACGAUCUACCGCAGUGAGAUGAAGAAGUUCCAACCUGUUCUACCAGCUCGAGCGGAUCAGCACGACUUCGUAGUCCCACCCGUCUCGAACCCGACUUCAGCAUCUUUUGCCGAGGGUGACCCACGUUCUAUGACUACGGCUCUUAUGAAGUGUAAAGAGGAGAACGUCACCUUCGGUGGUGCAGUCGUCUGCGCUACCCUCCUCGCCUUCUACCACGCAGCUAAAGGACUCCCAGAUUUCGACCCAACGCAGCCUUUCAAGCUCGUGACCGACUUGGACUACAACAUGCGACGACGUGUGCCCCACCCAGUGGAGGAAGAUCCGGUUGGUGCCUACGUUGCAUUCGCUGAUCUGGGAACGCUGGCUAGCGAAGGCGUUAAUCUCAAGACCAAAUUCUGGGAUCUCGCACGCCGAGUGAAGAGCGAGAUCGAUUCAAAGGUUCGACAAACAAUGUUGCUGGCUGCUGUACCCAUUAUCCUCGACCAGCGGAUCAACGCCAAGAUACAGCCGUCCUUCGCGAAAGCCCUCAACAUCCGAAAUUCACAGACUUCGGAUGCUAAUCUCUCCAACGUGGGGCGGUAUCCGUUUGCCAAAGAGCAUUGGCUAUCACCAAACGAUGGCAAGGAGAAUCUGCUUAAGGUGAAGACACUGCAUGUGUACAACAAUAUUCCUCACCUGGGCCCUUCAGCAGUUCUUUGGGUGUCAUCGGUAGACUCGUUUUGCUACUCCAUGGGACACAAGUGCGAGGACGACUCAGCUAAAGCUCUAUUCGCUGCGUUUGUAGCUGUUUGUGAGAAUAUUGGCAACGUCGCGGCUGAGGACACAAUGGCGGACGUGCUAGAACAGCUAAACUUGUAG